AAUCGUCAGUUUGGAGAGAGAAAGUAGAGGAGCGGUCGUCUUCUUCAUUUUAGGGUUCCUUCUUUCAAAAUCGAAAACCCUAAUUUCUCCUCCAAUUUACUUUGCUUUGUUUAGAUUUCGUACAGUUAUAUCUUUGAUUUCUCUGUCUGAGUUGCUAGAUCUUCUGAUUAGGGUUUCCUUUUUCAUGUAUGGAUUCGGGGGUAACAUUUGCAGAUAAUUCAAGAGAAAACCAUAGAUGGGGUGAUUCUAGCAAGGUAUAUACUAGAAGAAAACUCAAGGACGAUACAACAUCUGCCGGCGCCGGCGCCGGCAUUAAUUCUCUCCGGCAGCAUCAAACACCUUCACUUGUUUCUAGAGUUAAGAACAGGGUUAGGAUUAAUUUGGAAAACUUAUUCCCAAAGGAUGAUGUUCGAAUACUUAAGAGGAAGCUGAUUUGUGAGCUUGAUCAGAUCAGGAAUCUACUAAAUCAGAUUGAAGCUAAGGAGAAGAUCCAGCUGAGUGUUUCAGUUGUGGAGAAUAAAGAAUUAUUUGAAAAGGAGAAGAGAACUCCCAAGGCUAAUCAAUAUUACAGCUCUGAAUUUCUCCUUGCCAAAGACAGAUUGCCACCCGAAAGGAACAGCAAAUCGAAAUCGUCGAUUCGAGGGAAGAAACACAAUAAUCGAAAUGAUCAUACUAACAGAUCAUCAUUAAAGAGUUGUCACAAUUUGCUUGCUAAACUAUCCAAGCACAAGUAUGGAUGGGUUUUCGGGAAGCCUGUAGAUGUUAAGGCUCUAGGGCUUCACGAUUAUCACGAUAUCAUCAAGCAACCGAUGGAUUUAGGUACCAUCAAGAAUAAGUUAGCAAGAAACUUGUACAAAUCCCCCUUAGAAUUUGCAGAGGAUGUAAGACUUACGUUUAGCAAUGCCAUGACUUAUAAUCCUAAAGGUCAAGAUGUUCAUGUUAUGGCGGAGGAGUUAUUGAAGAUUUUCGAAGCGGAACUAGAAGUUCUUCUUUUGAGGUAUUCAAGAACAUUUGAUAGGCCUGAAUUGAUCAAAAGGAGUGCUUCAAUCGGAAAAGCACCUGCUCCGAAAAGGCCUAAAGCGAAAGAUUUGAAUAAGAGAGAUAUGACUUAUGAAGAGAAGCAAAAACUUAGUACAAAGCUUCAGGGUUUACCGGUUGAUAAAUUGGAUGGAAUAGUGCAGAUUAUUAAGAAGAGAAAUACCCAAUUGUCUCAACAUGAUGAUGAGAUUGAAGUCGAUAUUGAUAGUGUUGACGCCGAGACACUUUGGGAGCUUGAUCGAUUUGUGACCAAUUAUAAGAAGAAUUUGAGCAAACACAGAAGAAGAGAUCAAGCCAAGGCUGAUCCUACUAAGGCCUCCAUUGCCGAUGUUGCAGACACUGCAGGAGAAACGAAUAUAGUUGCUAGUGGAGUUGUUGUUCCUCAAGGAGAUAACGUAGAUAGAUCAAGCAGGUCCAGCAGCGAAUCUAGUUCUUCAAGAGAUUCAGAUAGUGAUAGUUCUUCUGAUGGGUCAGAUGAAAGGAGGGAGCUUAAAGCUAACCUGAACAUUGAUGCAAUAUUGGAUUAGAAUAAAGGUAAAAUUGAUUGCAAAAUAUGAGAAGAUUCAGUUUAGGUAUAUGUAUCUCCAUUAUAAACCUAAUGGAGAGACAUUAUUAUUCACUCAAAUAGAACCACCAUAAACAAAUAAACAUAUCAUUUGUAUUAUUUAUGCUUUGUUUUAGAUUUAACUCUGGUUUGCAAACUUGAUUCCUUUCUCAAUAGAAGCCUUGAGCUCUGGUAGGAGGCUUGCCAAACCUUGCUUUUCAAAGUCUGUUAGAUUACCCAAUUCUAGAACUUCCUCUACACCAUUCUUCCCUAACCUCACCUGUAUAUUUCAAUAUAUUGUAAAUAAUGAGUUUGGUUUGAAAUUGUCAUCUUUAUAGUGGGUUGUUUUGUAACAAUUUUUUCAAUCUAUUACCUUGGAAGCAAAGAAUGGAAGUUCGGUGACGGUUGACUGUACAUAUGAACAUUCUAUAACAUCUGGAACUCCGUUUAGACCCUUUAAGCAU